GCUCUGUGGCGAGGCCGAAGCUAUAUAAGAGAGGCCGACAGCCGCGCGCCCCACACACCAUGUCGGCACGUCUCUUGAUCAUAGCAGCUUGCUGCCUGGCGGCGGCAUGGGCUCAGGUCCAGAAGCAGUACACCACACCGGUGCCGAUCCUGAAGCAGAUCAACAGGCAGAACGAGGACGGCUCCUACAGCUACGGGUACGAGGGGGCUGACGGCAGCUACAAGAUAGAGACCAAGCACCCCACGGGGGAGGUGUACGGCAAGUAUGGCUACGUGGAUGACAGCGGUUCCCUGCGUGAGAUCGAAUACGGAGCGAACAAGCUGGGCUUCCAGCCUGCAGGAACCGGCAUCAACGUGGCGCCCCCCACCCUGCCCGACCCCAACGGCAACAACUAUGUCGGUCCUGAGGGUGUUGAUGACGGCCAGUACCGCGAGGACCCCAGCAUCUACUGGAAGGACCCUAAGUACAACCAGGGUGCCCCUAAGUACUCCUCAUCCCCGGUCCGCACACAGUUUACCCAGCCUGCCGUCAGCCAACCUGCCUACAACAGCCAACCAUCCUACAAUAGCCAACCAUCCUACAAUAGCCAACCAUCCUACAACAGCCAACCAUCCUACAACAGCCAACCAUCCUACAAUAGCCAACCAUCCUACAACAGCCAACCUGCCUACAACAGCCAACCCGCUUACAACAGCCAGCCUUCCUACAACAGCAGGUCUAACUUCAACACCCAAUCCUUCUUUGACGACCAGCCCACAUACAACCAGCCCUCUUACCAGGAGCCCAGACAGAACUGGCAGAGGUCCUGGUCCCAACCUGCCCCCGCCCCCGCUCCUGUCGACUCCAGCAUCUUCCGUGGACACCCCGCCACCAACAUCGACCUCUACAGUGGCUCGUAUUCCGUCAGCUACAAGCGAUAAUUUGCUCACUCACACGGUGUAGUUUUGCUGUUGUAUAAAGCUUUACCAUAAAGUAUUUAGGUUGUAUAUAAACUUAUUAGUAUAUUUAUGUUACUGAAUGUACAAAGGUUUCUUAGGUAACGCUAGUUUGAACCUUAAAUGACUGAAAGGUUCUCUUUCAUUUAUUCAGAUAUUAGUAGAUGUUCAUUAGAUUCAUUCUUGUUCAGUGUUCCGAUUCGUAGCUGUAUACUAUAGACGUUUCUUUUUAUUUUUAAACUUUAAAAAGUAUAUGAAAUGUUUUACUCCCCUUAUACUAUGGUCGCUGUAUGGUGCUAGUCCCUGAACGUACUGACUUUCAUGUGAUUGUUUUGUAUUCUUAAAAAAUAUUUGUAUCCUCAAUAAAUUGAUGUUAAGAGGU